UUGGUUCCUUUCGCCAUUAAAAAUAUCAGCUCCCCCCUCCCCCACAUCCUCCCCAGCGUCCAAAGCAAGGAGGAGAAGCCCUAGCUCAUAGAGAAAACCCCCGAGCUGCCCCCACUGACCUGCCCGCUUAAUAUGAAUCCUCCCCUGCCGCCCUCAGGCCACUGCGACCUUAACCAGGGGCCGGCAACCCAAGUAGGCCACGACUUCAUGUGCCUCGGCACUCACAGUCUACAGUACAACCAUGAAAGCCCGGCUGAUUCCCGGCAGCCGGUGCCUGAAUUCCAGGCGUUCCAACUCUUCCCGCAAGAAGACGAACCCACUUGGCUGUAUAAUAACUCUUGGCACCAAAGUGGGGGCCAGACGGUGGAACCGCUGGAACAUAUGAGGCUGGCGAGUCGAGGGAAUUCGAAUCAUGAUAUGCCCAAUUCUUAUGUCCAGCGGCUGACUUUGGAUGUUUGCAGCACCGCCAGCUCGUCCGCGUCUCAGCCCUUGGAGUUUCCCGUCCAAGGACAGGCCUCUGGUUGCUGCAGCACAAUCACAGAAGCUGCUGCUCAGGGCAUUGACACCAGAAACCCAAAUGAAAGCUGCUCGGCUGCGGAGAGAGAAGCAAGGGUGUCGAGAUACAGAGAGAAGAGAAAGAAGCGCCAGUUUGAGAAGAAGAUUCGGUACGCUUCGCGAAAGGCUUAUGCCGAAAAGAGGCCAAGAGUCAAGGGGCGAUUUGUGAAGAGCACAGAAGCUGAUCCAGUGGAGCCAGCCUCCCACUAUUCUAUGGAAUGGUUCCACCCCUAACAGGCAAUCCUUCGCUAGUUGAAUUGAAAUCAGAAACAGAUGUAAACAUAUCAUGUGCCUAAACACAUCACGUUCUUAUCUCAUGCCAAUUGUCAAUGGGGAAUCUUCUCUCCAGAGUAGGUUGACAAAGAACGAAGUCCAUGGUUCCUCCCGAUUAGCAGUUGAAGAAGGUAUUUGCUCCUCUUAUUGUUUACAUUACGCCAUUGAUUGCUGAAGGAAGCCAUGAUCCUCCGGAGACAUGAUUAAUUUGCUGGGUUCUUGAACCCUUUCGUUGUAGGCCUGAAAUAUCCGCCUUUCCCAUUUUCUGCAACUUAUGCCAGUAUAGAUAUUUUUCAUUAGUUCAUCUUUUCAGAUUA